AUUUUCGACCUUAAUCACAAAAAAUUAACAUAUUAAUGAAUAUUCUCUCGCAGGGUGUAAAAAUAUCAAUCUUAGGCUAAAAUGAUGCUGUCGUAAUCGUAUAGAUGAUUAGAAGAAUAUUUAAAUCUUGUCUAUAUUAUUUUCGUCAAAUUUUUCCAUGCUCAUUUUACCAUUAAUUGGCCAUUUGCGAGAGUAUAAAAUGAUCGGUAAAUUAUAAUCUACCAAGCACUUGCAGACAUUGUUGUCUAUUUCAUAGCUUCACUAAUAGAAUUUUUCUCAACAUAGUUGAGAGCUCCCUAUAAUUAAAAUGGUCAAAAUUCAAUUACUAAUUGUAUCUCUGAUGUUAUUUGUCUAUCUGCCACAGACCAGUUUUUCAAUAAUAAGAAUUCGUGAAUCUGAAAGACGUAUUGAAUGUCAAGGUUGCCGGAAUGAAUGUGAUAAAUGUGAAUAUGGAGUUGCGGUUUCAGAACAAUGUGGUGUCUUAGAAUGCCGAAAGGGACCAGAUGAGCCCUGUGGUGGAGAGAAUAAUGCUGGAGUAUGUGGAGACGGAAUGAUCUGUCUAUGUGAACGAUGUGUUGGAUGUAGUGUUGAUACUCUUCAAUGCUCAAAAUCUAAUUUCAACCAACCUUGCCUGCCAGGAGCUGAGAGCAGUCACGACAUACGAUUUUUAGAUUUUGGAGAUCGGCGUCAUCGGCUUGCAAUGGUGAAGUAGAGUCUACAGCAUUUUCUUUCGGCUAUAAAACUGUUUUAAAAUGUUCACUCGUAAAAUUAUUAAUGUUGUAUUUUCUUCUGUCUUUAGUAUUAUGUAAAAAAACUUUCAUGUAUCUAUAAUAUAUGUGUUGUCAAAAUAUACGAAU